AUGGUCCGCGCUAGAAGGUGUCUUGGAUGGGCACUGUCGUUUGCGAGACUGUCGAUUCUCAACACUCAAUGGAUGCCGGUGGCACUCUCGCUUCCCUCAUGGGAACGCGGCGCAUCGUUGGAACAUGGCGCGCCAGAGUACUUAGGCUAUGAAUUCACAAACACAAUCCACUCUGAUACCUACGACGCGAUCAAUCCCUUGAAAAGCUCCAACCAUGUCGGACACCGCGUCUUCAUCAUCGGAGCAUCCAAAGGAAUCGGCAAGCGCACCGCCAUUGCCUUCGCGGAGAGCGGUGCCUCUUCCAUAGGCCUUGGAGCGCGUUCGGCCCUGGACGAUUUGGCUGCGGAAGUCGUGUCCGCCGCGAAAAAAGCAGGACACAAGCCACCUCAGGUGUUGACGGUCAAGCUAGAUGUAUUGGACCACUCUUCGAUAGAUGGCGCGGCGAAACAGGCUGAGCAGGAAUUCGGAGGGUUGGACAUACUCGUCAAUAAUGCGGGACGGUUGGAGAAAACUGCACUUAUCGUGGACAGUGAUCCAGAGGAUUGGUGGUAUACCAUGGAAGUCAACAUCAGAGGCGUGUACCUGUCAACGCGCGCUUUCCUGCCCCUGCUGUUGAAGGGUGGCAUGAAGACGAUACUUAACCUGGGCUCGGUUGGAGCUCAUACCGCAAGACCUGGAUUCUCGAGCUAUAUAACCACAAAAUUCGCCGUCCUGAAAUUUACCGAAUUCUGCAUGAGCGAGUACGGUGACCAAGGCAUCCUGGCCUACGCAUUUCACCCAGGUAGUGUCAUGACCGAACUGGCCGCUCGCGUGCCCAAAGAAGCACACCACCUGUUCAUGGACACGCCCGAGCUAGCAGGCGACACCAUCGUCUGGCUGACACAGGAAAGGAGAGAAUGGCUUGCUGGGCGGUAUCUUUCUUGUACGUGGGAUAUGCCGGAGCUGAUGUCGCGAAAAGACGAGAUCGUCCAGGGUGACAAGCUGAGGGUUCGAAUGGUGCUGUAG